CAUUGUCAAAACCUCAACCAGAGAUGUUCACCCGGUUCAAGUUGUUCCUGGUCAUAAUUUUGAGCGUGCAAGUUCAAAUUUUCUCCGCUUGUGAUCAAAACCAAACCUGCCUCCACGACAGCGAACAUGACAUGGAAGAAGCGUUUCAUCUUCGCCACAAACGCUGGUUGACCAUGAUCCCGAACGGGGGAGUCUGCAAAAUUGUACUGAGUAUGGCGGCACCGGUCCGCUUCGCCCACAAAGUGGUCCGCAGUGUUGCCCUGGCCGUCAACCUGCAGGCCAACUACGCCAUUCCGGCGAGGAUUAUCUGGCCACACGCGGAGAACUUCUUCAAGGAGCGGGUGUUGAGCGCGGAUUAUGUGGACAACAGCCGGAAAGAUCUGUACCGGUUGCUGGAACGAAUCUUCCAAUCCUGGGGAGGUGAUGGGCGGGAGUGUCUGCUGAAAACGAUUUGUCAAGUAGCGGAAACCCCGUUGCAGCAUAACGGGUUGAUUGGGGAAAUCCUGGAUGUGGUGUUCACACCACCGGACGAUGACGCAAUGGAUAAAGAUUUCAAAAUGGCGAAAUUAAAUGGUGCCAGUGGAGGUGAAGAAUGUGCUCAAAUAUACAAUAAGUGUCUUGUUGAACAUGAAUUUCUGAACAAACGAAACAAAUGCGAAGAGAAUGCGAAUUCAGAGCGUCUGUUCCCCGAUUACAUCAAAAAGUUCAAGCUUAAGUUUACCAUCUACCCGGCCCCGGAGGUCUCACCGGAAGAAAGUCAAUCUAACCGAGUGCCCCACCGGAUACGAACUCCUUUCUCCGUCGUCGCCGGAGGUGACCCCGCCAGAGUGCCGCGCGCCGUUUGCAUGUUGUCUAACAAAACUGCCAUCACCGAGGCAACGUUUCCCAGCAAGAACCUGGUCUGGAACCGACCGUUUUCGAUAACGUUACCACCGGAACGUACCGCCAGCUUUAUCACCUAUCAGAGUAGCUGA